AUGACCAUGGAGGAGGUUGAGGAGGCAAGAGGAGAGGAUGAGCUCCCUAUGUACCAAGAGCACUACAAUGCUCUCUUCUCCAUGGACUUCAUGGAUACCAAGUACCCACAUGUUGACACAAUGAAGGCCCUUGGAAUCUUUGAAGAUGUGGAGUUGGUUCUCAAGAACAUGCACUUGGCCAAGCUCUUCUCUUACACAUGGAAUCCUACAAGGAGCUCACUUGCGAGUUCUAGCUUCAAUGAGGGAGAGAAGAGAAUGGUGACCUUUAGGCAGCUUGGAAAUCUUGUUUGGGUUCAACUAUGGAGAAGGUCCAAGGCAGCUCAGAUCAGGAGCCCAGUCUUGAGGUAUGUGCACAAGGCACUUGCCAACACCUUCUUUGCAAGGAAGGCGACCGGGACCAUCAACGAGGGGGAACUCAAGUUUCUUGACAUGGGAAUCAAGCCCAUUCUCUCACGCACAAGCGAUGGCAAGAGGAUAAGGGGAGAUAGAUCUGACACAGGGAACUUGAUGCCUUUCCUUGACCAUCUCCUCACCUACAAGACACAGCCUACAACACUAGACAUCAACGAGGAAGGCGCCUAA